CAACAGAAAACAAGAAGAAGUCGAGUCGCAAAACGAAAAUCCGGAGUGUCGUAAAAUUCUUGAUAAAAAUUGCACUUGCUUCGCGUCCUUCGCGUCGGUGCAAACCGUGGCAUCCGAAUCGUGGUACGGUGGCGAGCGGGAGCGAGGGGGUUCGGGUUCGCGGUCGUGUUUUUAUCCGGUGCCGUAGCGUAGCGUUUUGUCGUCGCUCGAGUUCCCGCGGCGGAAGCGGGGUGGCUGGAACGGCGGGAUGCGCAUAACGCGGUACUCGCGAUCCAGCGGAAGGGGUGACCGUGUUCGCUCCAACCCGUACCGCCGACGUGGUUCCGGUGGUGGCGGAGGUCUCGCUGGUCCACACGAUGAGCCGCAUCCGCGGGAGUACGCGAGCCUCAGUCAACAUACGCCACACUCCUCCUACAGCCAGCACCGACAUGGACGGCAACACGGCACGGCACGGCGUAGCAAGGAGUGGGCUGCCACACCGGAACGGAAGCCGUCGCACCGAGACGCGCUGGUGGAGUUGGCACACGAGCGGCACCCUCGGGAACGCGUCCGUCUGCGGGAAGAUGAUGCUUCGCGACGAUCCAGCCGGGAUCUGAGCUUGUCGUCCGUGCUGAGCGAAAUCAGUUCGGGCAGCAGCUGCUUCGGAACGGUGCGGGCCAGCGAAGCGUACGGCAGUCCGGUGUACGAGGAUCUGACUGACGACGAAAUCCGCUCCCUGGACUUGGAAUUCGCCGAAGAGGAGGAGGAAGUCGACCUGGAGGACGAGGAGGAAGAUGAUGAUCAGACGAUGUCGUCGGCCGGCAUGAUCGUGGCCCCGCCCGUGAUCAAGCACAAGAAGCGCAAGAAAGACAAAAAGAAGAAAGAGAAAGCGAAGGAACGGGAGCGGAAACGGGCGAAACGGGAGCGGCGCCGGCAAAAGGAGAUCCUCGAGGAGCGCAUCUGUCCACCGGAUCACGAGGUGGCCCAGUCGAAGGAAAUCUUCGCCUCGGGCCAGAACAUUCUCGUCAGCGUUAGCUUCAUCGAUAAUGAAAAGACAAAGGAGCGCGAUAAGCACAGGAAGAGCAAGCGGAAGAAGCUGAAGAAACAAAAGAUCCGGGAAAAGGUUACCAUUACGAAGCAGGAGCGGUUGACCGGGCACAGCACAGGGAAGAUCCGGCGACACAGUGCCAGCUCAUCGAACGGGGAUCCGAGCAUGGCACCCGAAAGCAUAUCCGACGCGCAGCAGCAUCAGUCGAAGCCGAUGAUCGGUCUGCUGGAGCAGCAGCAGCUAAACUCACAGGGACAGGAGGAGCAGCAACAACAAUCGGCCAUUCAACCCCCUUCGAAAAAGAAGAAACUUGAUCCGGGCGUCAAACCGGUGAUGGUGAUCGAUCUGGAACGAUCCCCGGGUGGACAGGUGAUAUCCAGCCCACGGGAGGUGAUCGUACUGAGUGACGAAGAAGGCAAACGGGGUGGUGCACGGAGUAAGGAGGAACCGAAGGCCAAUGAUAAUGAUCUCAGCAAUCGUGGCCCCAACACACCUCCGGAACCGGCACCAAAGUCACCGGAUUCGUACGAUCCGUUCGAGCCCACUAAAUCGUCCCCCAGUUCGGGGAUCUCGCGACACGAAAUUGGUACCUUAUCAACCAUUAGCUACCCCGAGCACCACCAACACCACCAUCAACACCAUCAGGAGACGGUGACGGAGGAGCCGAAAGAAGUGAAAACGGAAUUCCAUCAGCCACAUCACCAUGCGCACCACGGGCAUGGCCACCACGGUCAUCACCUUCACCACCACCACCACCACCACCACCAUUCUCAUCACCAUCAGCCGCAUCACUCGCACGCUGGCCACGCUGUACCAGCGGAACGAUCGGUUGCAGCGACGGAACACGCGACGAGCGUCUCGGCGGGCUUCAACGAUGACAGCAUACUCGAUCUUCAUCCCGAGUCUCCGUUCGAAAAGCUAGACGUCAACAGUCCACGAACGGCCAUCUCCUCCUUGCCUCCGCAAUCUUUCCAUCCGUCGCCGAUGAAAGCCAUCAUUCGAUCGAUGCCGAAGAAGCUACUGGCUGCCGGUGCGGGCAAUAGUCGCGAUUCGCGCUCUCAUUCGACGGUUCCAAAAGCGAACGCCAGCUCGGGCACUACGCUACACGGUGGAAUGACGAGUGGCCGUGCUGGUACCGGGCCCACGACCAGUGGUGGUGUACCGUUCGAGGAGGAGCUGAACGAUGGCGACAUCUCACCGUACUCGCCACGAUCGAGCGAUUGUGAUGCGCAGCUAUUCGAACCGCCGCAGGAUGGUAACGGUGGCGAAACGCAAACGAUCGCUCUUACGGUCGACAAUCUGCGCAAGGUGUUUGGAAACGAUCCGAAAACACUGUACGGUGAUCUGCGUAAAAGCUACCAGCACUGCUCGGUCAUAGCGGUGGACGAGAUGUACAAACCCCACAAAAUGACGAUGGAAAUGUUGGAUGAAAUCCCAGAUUCGGCCGUUGAUAUGCAGGUGAAGGAAAAGCUUAUCAAAAAGCUACAGCGACAGGAGCGCAUUGUGGAGGAGGUGAAACAUUUCCUGAAACCACACUUCAACAAAAAGCGCAUCGACAAGGACGAAUACAAGGAAAUUAUGCGAAAGUCGAUACCCAAGAUCUGCCACAGUCGUUCGGGAGAAAUCAAUCCAGCGAAGAUACAGGCGCUGAUUACGGCGUACGUGAAGAAAGCGAUCGCCAGCCGGAGGUUACUGGGCGGUGGUGAGAUAGGUUCCGCGUCCGGAACACCGAUGGCUAGCAUCGGCUACGUACCAUCGACGACGGGAGCACCGGCACCGUAGUUCCUCGGGGCGUAAAAAGAAAAGUGUA